AUGACGCACUCGCAUGAUGGUCACUUGACUAAGGUACUCAGCGAUGACGAGGUGGAAAAGGUGGUCGAUCUUUCGAUGGACCACAUGGAUUUAGAUCGGGAUGGCUUUGUUAGUUUCGCUGAAUAUAAGAAAGUACUCACUGCCCUUAAUAUCUGCAUGCUGUUCAAUUCAUCUGAAGAUCCAGCACUGGAUAUGAUGGAUGCCAUUCUUCCUCCCAGAUGCUCUAGUGGUACUACUAAAGGCGUUCGAGUAGGCGAAUUUGAAUUUGGCGACGAUAAAGCAAUUCACGAUGAAGCUCAUAUGAAAGAGCACCUCAAGGAUAAAAUUGAAAUCGACGCCCCUAGGUCGGAGGCACAAAAACGAUUUCAUUAUUUCUGGAUUAACGAUCUCAAUCAUGAUGGAAAACUGGAUGGACUUGAAAUCUUGAAAUCCAUGAUUCACUCUCAUGACGGUCGUCUGUCAGAAGUGCUCAGUGACGAACAAGUCGAGAAGGUGGUCGACAAAGCGCUGAAUACGGCUGAUGUUGAUCGUGAUGGACUAGUCACCUUUGCUGAAUUCAAGAAAUUCUAUGUUCUGGAAAUUGGCGCUCCUACAGCCUUUGCGAAUCGGUUCGCAGUUGACAAUAUUGAACCAUCGACAAAAGAAAUCGGUCUCACAACUCUCCUAGAGCCGUAUGGCAGACACAAUUUCCUUUUCCAAUGCAUUGCAGGCUGCCACAUGAAAGAGCAUCUGAAAGAUAAAAUCGGAAUCGAUGCUCCUAUGUCGGAAGAGCAGAAGCGAUUUAAUUAUUUCUGGAUUAACGACCUCAAUCAUGAUGGCCAACUGGAUGGACUUGAAAUAUUGAAGUCCAUGUUACACUCACAUGAUGGUCAUUUGACUGAAGUACUCAGUGACGAACAGGUCGAGAAUUUGGUGGACUUAUCGUUGAACUGGGUUGAUCUCGAUCGUGAUGGACUUGUCAGCUUUGCUGAAUAUAAGAAGAGAGUCACUGAAUCCAAUUGA